GGGAUAAAAAUCAAACACACCCUGAGUUCAGCAACCACCACGUCACGAGCCGGAGUCCUGUUUGGCCCUCGUUAGCCAGGGGUUAGCAUCUGGCUGCCUCGAAAUGACUAUUUCUGCAGAAAGGGACGGAUUUCAGCUCUUCUGUUAGUCACAAUGUUCAAUAAUGACAACAUGAUGGAGUCUGAGAACGAGUCACACUUCUCCCUACCCACCACCACAUUUGGAAUUUUAGCUAAAAACUAACCCAACAAGAAAAUCCACAUCAUGGGGAGGAUCAGCAUUUCGUGCCUUUUCCCAGCUUCGUGGCAUUUCAGCGUGUCGUCCCAGGUUCUCCCUCGGCUUCUGGUCCCCUUCAUCAGACAGCUGAUCCUCAUUGGCCUUGUGAUCUGCCUUAUUGGACUCAUCUACCUGCUGUUUGUGGGUGGGAAGGGUCGCACCAGCUGGACCAGAGAGGAAAAUCAUUUCCACAGGCACUUGGCAAGGGUUACUGAUGUGGAUGCAACAGACACAAGCAACCCCAAUCUCAACUAUGGGCUGGUGGUGGACUGUGGCAGCAGUGGCUCCAGGGUAUUUGUGUACUGUUGGCCACGGCACAAUGGUAAUCCCCAUGAACUGCUGGAUAUCAGGCAAAUGCGAGAUCAACACCGCAAGCCAGUGGUCAUGAAAAUCAAGCCAGGUAUCUCUGAAUUGGCUAAAACACCAGAGAAGGCCAGUGAUUAUAUCUACCCCCUGCUGAGUUUUGCCACACAGCACAUUCCCAAACACAAGCACCAAGAAACCCCGCUGUAUAUCCUGUGCACAGCUGGGAUGAGAAUCCUACCUGAGAGUCAACAAGAAGCACUUCUUGAGGAUCUGCGCACUGACAUCCCUGUUCACUUCAACUUCCUCUUUUCUGAUUCCCAUGUGGAAGUGAUUACUGGGAAACAAGAAGGUGUCUAUGCGUGGAUUGGAAUAAACUUUGUCCUUGGAAGGUUUGACCACGUGAACACUGACCGGGACGCUGUCGUGGAGGUAAAUGUCCCGGGCAGUGAUCAGCAGGAAGCCCUGACAAGGAAAAGGACAACCGGUGUCCUGGACAUGGGCGGUGUCUCCACUCAGAUCGCAUACGAAGUGCCCAAAACUGUAAGCUUUGCUUCUCCACUGCAGGAGGAAGUUGCCAAGAAUUUACUGGCAGAAUUCAACCUGGGCUGUGAUGCUCACCGCACAGAGCAUGUUUAUCGGGUUUAUGUGUCGACGUUCCUGGGGUUUGGAGGAAAUGCAGCUCGCCAAAGAUAUGAGGAGAGCCUCAUCAGGAACACUUACGCUCAAAACAUGCUCUCAGGUCAGCAUGUUGGUGAGACGGCGGACUCUCCCGUCCCGGAUCCGUGUCUGCCAACAGACCUGCAAGAUGAGAUCGGCCCGUCGACACAGAAGCUGCAUCUGCGAGGCACGGGAGACUUCGACCAGUGCAGACAGAUCCUGCAGCCUUACCUCAACCGCACAAACGACACGCAGACCUCCCUCAACGGCAUCUACCAGCCAGCGAUCGACUACAACAACAGUCAGUUUUACGGCUUCUCCGAGUUCUACUACUGCAUGGAGGAUGUCCUGCGCAUGGGCGGGGAUUAUAACGCUUCAAGUUAUACCCACGCUGCCAAGAGUUACUGUGCCACCCAGUGGAAGACUCUGAGACAGCGCUUUGACUCAGGCUUGUACGCCUCACAUGCAGAUCUUCACAGACUUAAGUACCAGUGUUUUAAAUCAGCAUGGAUGUAUGAAGUUCUGCAUUCUGGCUUCUCUUUCCCAACCAAUUACAAAAACCUGAAGACGGCGCUGCUGGUUUACGAUAAGGAGGUCCAGUGGACUCUGGGAGCUAUUCUGUAUCGGACACGCUUCCUUCCUCUGAGGGACAUCCAGCAAGAAACCCUGAAAGGCUUCCACUCUCACUGGAGGCACAGCUUCUCCUUUGUCAACAACCACUACUUAUUCCUGGCUUGCUUCUUCAUUGUGUUCUUGUCUAUCAUGCUGUACUUACUGCGACUCCGUCGCAUCCAUCGGCGCGCUGCGCAGCGCUACUCCCCUUCAUCAGUGCCGUGGCUGGAAGACGGCCUCGGCUCACCGACAAUCCCCAUCAACCUCUGAGUUCUGUAGAGCGCAGGGUCUCGACGGUGUGUCUGCGCUCGUGAGGAAGAGCGUCACUCCUUCUCUCUCUGAAGACGCAUGCUCAAUGAGAGUCUUUGAAGACUGUUUGGUACUGAAAUUUGGAAAUUCUACAAAGUUGCUUUUUUUUUUUUUUUUAAGUUAUUUUAUUUUAAAUUAUAUUUUUUACUGCUUAUUUUCUGGCCUCCCGCCAUCUCUUGUCAAAUUCAGAAGGUAGCUCUCUCCAGGUGUCGUCUUCUGUAUUUCUGAAAAAGAAAAGCACACAGAGGUACUAUUCACUUUAGAUAAUUCAUAUUAAAAAAGUAUGAAGUCUGUCUUAAUGAAAUGCUGAUAUGUGGUGGCUGGCUUUUUUUCUUUUUAUUCUUUUUUUUUUUUUUUUAAUUUGACAUGGGUCUUUGCCUUCCUGUAUGUCUCUUUACAUGUGUUUUAUGUGCAUGAUCACAUCUUUGGUUGUCGGUGUUCGAUGGAAUAAGCGUUCCCUUUUUACAGAAAGUUUAAAUGCAAUAUAAUUGAGCAGUCGAAGGAGCACUUUGCGAUGCAGUCGAGAUGCACGUCUCCAGCGGGAAUGGACUUUAUUCGUGUAUGUCUCUCUCAAACUGUUAUGCCUCGUAUUUAUACUGCAAGACAAGUCGUCUUUAACAGCUAUAAUAGUGCAAUACGUAUCUUGUCGCUGUUGAGAAAUUCUUUCAAACCCGUCUGCCCUUUUGUCUGGAGUGUUGCGCCCUGCUGAAAUCCCUGUGUUGAGCUAUCUGACUGUUCAGUUGGAUAUUGUUGGAUAUUCACGUCGGGCUUCAUUUUUAGAAGCUGUCAUAUCACUGCUGUGAGGGGGAUUGUAAAUAAGAGCACAUGCCCCGUUAUUUAUAAGAAAUGAAAUGUUUUCACAGAUGAAUGCAAAGUAAAUGUGACAUUUCAGUUGAAUAAAAACAGGUUUUAUGG